AUGCGUGGUUUUAUUGUAUUGUGCUUCUCAGCUUUAGCUGUUGCUGCUCCCCAAGGAUACAACUAUCCCUUAAGUUCCAAUCAACAAUCAGGAUAUGGACAACAACAACAACUUUCUGUGAAUAACCAAUAUUUGGCUCCAAUCGGUGGAAAUCAUCAUCAGGAAUCUCACCUUAAUCACCAACAAUUCCGUCCACAGAUGGUCCUAGUGCCCCAACCUCAACAAGGUCUUGGUCUUCAAUCGCAAUCUUUUGGUUCAGUCCAGCAGCCAAUUGCUCCUAAACCAGAAGUUCGAGUCUCGAAGCGAUUCUUCAUUCACUCUGCUCCAGAAGAGGAAGAAGAAGACUACAAAGAAAAACAUUUGACAGUUGGAACACCUAGCAAGAACUACAAUGUUGUCUUCAUCAAGGCACCAGCUAAAUCAUCCAAGAAACAAUCCAUCAAGAUUACUCCAGCCGUCAAUGAAGAGAAGACUGUCAUUUAUGUGCUUAGCAAGAAGACUGACGCCUCUGAUAUUGAUGCACAAAUUCAAGAAUUGCCAACAACAACAACCAAACCUGAGGUCUACUUUAUUAAGUACAAGACUCCAGAGGAGGCAGCUCAUGCUCAAGAAAAAAUUCAAGCUGAAUAUGAUAACUUGGGUGGAACUAGCCAGGUGACUAAUGAAGGUAUUGCUCCAGUUACAUCGGUUAUUGGUGCCAUUGAAGAAAAACUUAAACAAGAACAACAACAAGAAGAACAACAUCAACUUGAACAGCAAUUGGCUUCGAUUACUCCAGUUGGAAGUAAUACAUUGCAGGAGAAUAAUUUCUCAUCAGGACAAGGAGCAUCAGUGUCCAUAAGCAAUUCAGUUAACACAAAUAAUGGAUACUUGCCACCAAACUAUUACUAUUAA